AUGGAAGCUAAGAACUCAAAAUUACGUAGUCUUACGCAGCAGCGCCUUCAACGCUCAACCAACUCCAAACACAUGGAAAAUCCAAGCCAACUUUCCGGCAUCUCUGCCUCAAUUCUGUUACGAUUUCAGUUUUCAACUCACUCAAAUUUGAAAUCCGAACCUAAAUUUGAAGCUCUCGCGAGAGUAAUUUUUCUGUUGAGGGAAAAAACAAAUAUAGUAUCAGAGAACUUAAUUUCCGAUCGAGAAUCAUCGUAGGUUUAAUUAUCUCUUCAGUUUUAAAAUGUACGGCGGCGGCGGAGGCGGCGAGGAGGAGGCGUACGCGGCGGCGGAGGUGGACGACGGAGCGGACGAGAUAUCGCAGGAGGACACGUGGACGGUGAUCAGCUCGUAUUUUGAGGAGAAGGGUUUGGUGAGGCAGCAAUUGGACUCGUUCGACGAGUUCAUACAGAACACCAUGCAGGAGAUUGUCGACGAGUCCGCACACAUCGAGAUCCGACCCGAAUCGCAGCACAAUCCCGGUCGGAGCUCUGAAUUCGCCGAGACAAUCUACAGGAUCAGCUUCGGCCAGAUAUACCUGAGCAAGCCGAUGAUGACAGAGUCCGAUGGAGAGACGAACACUCUGUAUCCGAAAGCAGCAAGGCUGAGGAACUUGACAUAUUCGUCCCCAUUGUACGUUGAUGUCACAAAACGAGUCAUAAGGAAAGGGUAUGACUGUGAGGAGGUGAUAGAGACUCAAGAGUUCACCAAAAUUUUCAUUGGGAAGGUGCCUAUAAUGCUUCGUUCGAGCUACUGCAGUUUGUACAAUCUGUCCGAGAAGGACUUGAUGGAGAUGGGGGAGUGCCCUUAUGAUCAAGGCGGUUACUUCAUCAUCAAUGGAAGCGAGAAGGUCCUCAUUGCGCAGGAGAAGAUGAGCACCAACCACGUCUAUGUGUUCAAGAAGCGCCAGCCGAAUAAGUAUGCUUACGUGGCUGAGGUUAGGUCCAUAGCCGAGGCGCAGAACAAGGCGCCUAGUGGCAUGUUUGUGAGGAUGCUCUCUAGACCUGGUGCAAAAGGGGGCUCAUCCGGGCAGUACAUACGUGCUACGCUCCCAUACAUCAGGACUGAAGUGCCUAUCAUAAUUGUUUUUCGCGCUUUGGGGUUUAUUCCGGAUAAGGAAAUCUUGGAACAUAUCUGCUAUGACUUCAAUGAUGCACAGAUGAUGGAGCUGCUUAGGCCGUCGUUGGAAGAGGCAUUUGUGAUUCAAAACCAACAGGUAGCGCUUGAUUAUAUUGGCAAGAGAGGAUCCACUGUUGGUGUUACAAAAGAAAAAAGAAUUAAGUAUGCUAGAGAAAUACUCCAAAGGGAAAUGCUUCCACAUGUUGGCAUCGGAGAGGGGCAUGAACACAAGAAAGCUUACUAUUUCGGAUAUGUUGUUCACAGGCUUUUGAUUUGUGCACUUGGACGAAGGGCAGAAGAUGAUCGCGAUCAUUAUGCAAACAAGAGGCUCGACCUUGCUGGCUCCUUACUGGGCGGUCUGUUUCGGAUGCUAUUCAGAAAGCUAACGAGGGACGUUAGAUCCUACGUUCAAAAGAGUGUUGAUAAUGGGAAGGAUGUAAAUUUGCAAUUUGCAAUCAAAGCAAAAACUGUCACAAGUGGGCUUAAAUACUCUCUUGCUACUGGGAAUUGGGGGCAAGCAAAUGCAGCUGGAACUAGAGCAGGAGUGUCUCAGGUGCUCAAUCGUUUAACAUUUGCUUCAACACUUUCCCAUCUGAGAAGACUGAACUCGCCUAUUGGCCGUGAGGGCAAACUGGCUAAGCCGCGUCAGCUGCAUAACUCGCAUUGGGGUAUGAUGUGCCCUGCAGAAACACCUGAAGGCCAAGCAUGUGGGCUGGUGAAGAACCUUGCACUUAUGGUCUAUAUAACAGUUGGAUCAGCAGCAAAUCCGAUUCUGGAGUUUUUGGAUGAGUGGGGUACAGAGAAUUUUGAGGAAAUAUCACCAGCAGUGAUUCCUCAAGCCACAAAAACAUUUGUGAAUGGUUGCUGGGUUGGUAUUCACCGUCAGCCCGAGCUGCUGGUGAGGACUCUCCGGCAGCUAAGGAGACAGGUUGAUGUGAACACGGAAGUUGGAAUUGUCCGUGACAUACGCCUCAAGGAGCUUCGUCUGUACACAGACUAUGGCCGGUGCAGUCGCCCCUUGUUCAUCGUCGAGCAGCAGAGGUUGCACAUAAAGAAGAGUGACAUUCUUGCCCUGCAGCAAAGAGAAACCCCCGAAGAGUACGGUUGGAACGACCUUGUUAGGAAAGGAUUCAUCGAGUAUGUUGACACAGAAGAGGAGGAGACGACGAUGAUAUCAAUGACAGUAAAUGAUCUUGUACGCUCGAGGCGUAAUCCAGAUGAUGCAUAUUCGGAGACGUACACGCACUGUGAGAUCCACCCUUCGUUGAUAUUAGGCGUCUGUGCUUCAAUCAUACCGUUUCCUGAUCACAACCAGUCGCCUCGUAACACUUAUCAGUCUGCAAUGGGGAAACAAGCAAUGGGAAUCUAUGUCACCAAUUACCAACUAAGAAUGGAUACUCUGGCAUAUGUGCUUUACUAUCCGCAGAAGCCUCUUGUCACAACGCGUGCUAUGGAGCAUCUGCAUUUCAGGCAGCUCCCAGCAGGCAUUAACGCCAUUGUCGCCAUUGCCUGCUACUCUGGUUAUAACCAGGAAGAUUCUGUGAUCAUGAACCAGUCUUCUAUAGAUCGAGGGUUCUUUCGUUCUUUGUUCUUCCGUUCGUAUAGAGACGAAGAGAAGAAGAUGGGAACACUAGUGAAGGAGGAUUUCGGGCGUCCGAAUAGGGACAGCACCAUGGGAAUGCGGCAUGGAUCUUAUGACAAAUUAGAUGAUGAUGGCUUUGCACCUCCUGGAACUAGAGUCUCCGGCGAUGAUGUGAUUAUUGGCAAGACAACACCAGUUACACAAGAAGAAGCUCAGGGAAAAUCAGCAAGAUUCACUAGCAAGGAUCACAGCACUAGUUUACGCCAUAGUGAAACUGGCAUUGUUGAUCAGGUUCUGCUGACGACGAAUGCCGAUGGACUGAGGUUUGUGAAGAUUCGGAUGCGAUCAGUUCGAAUCCCACAAAUCGGAGACAAGUUCAGCAGCAGACAUGGGCAGAAGGGAACAAUUGGAAUGACCUACACACAAGAAGACAUGCCAUGGACAAUUGAAGGCAUCACUCCUGACAUAAUUGUGAACCCUCACGCCAUUCCUUCUCGGAUGACGAUCGGGCAGCUUAUCGAAUGCAUCAUGGGCAAGGUCGCGGCUCACAUGGGCAAGGAAGGCGACGCCACCCCCUUCACCGAUGUCACUGUGGACAACAUAAGCCAAGCCCUACACAAGUGUGGCUACCAGAUGCGCGGUUUCGAGACGAUGUACAACGGGCACACGGGGCGCGUGCUGACGGCGAUGAUAUUCCUCGGGCCGACCUACUACCAGCGGCUCAAGCACAUGGUGGACGACAAGAUCCACUCGAGGGGGAGGGGCCCCGUGCAGAUCCUCACGAGGCAGCCGGCCGAGGGGAGGUCGAGGGACGGUGGCUUGAGGUUCGGGGAGAUGGAGCGCGACUGCAUGAUAGCCCACGGGGCCUCGCACUUCCUCAAGGAGCGGCUGUUUGAUCAGAGCGACGCGUAUAGGGUCCACGUGUGCGAGAGGUGCGGGCUCAUCGCCAUUGCUAAUUUGAAGAAGCUUAGCUUCGAGUGCAGAGGAUGCAAGAACAAAACAGAUAUUGUUCAGAUAAAUAUACCUUAUGCCUGCAAGCUUCUGCUCCAAGAACUCAUGUCCAUGGCGAUUUCUCCGCGGCUACUGACGAAGGAUGUUCAAACUGCCAAGGAACAGAAGAGGAGAGGCGGAUAGCCGCAGAUACGAUUCUCAACCAAACAAGGCAGUCUUGUACAGUGGCAAUAAGGAAACUGUUCUUGAACAAAAUGUGUUCCAUGAGGUACGAAAAUGACCUCCAAAUCAGGAACAUGCUUCUUCACCAUUCCACUUUUGAUGUAAUGAUCAAAUCCUGCAAAUUUCAAGGCAUAGUCCUCCUCUCCCAUGAUCAACAGCCCUGGGGCUUCAACUCUCAGCUCAUCAACUCCAUACCCUUCCAGCCACGCCCUGCGCAGAGGCGAAACACGAGAUACGUGACAUACACAAACGCAGGCGAUGGCAGAGAAAACCCCGGUGUUUUUACCUGUAGGGAACCUGGAGUGCUGUCUGGUAACCGGAUUUCUCGUACAGCUCUCCGUAGACUCGGAGAUCUUCCUCGGUGAACCAGGCGGGCAACGGGGCAGACUCGUCUACCAAAUCCAUGAUUUCUUGAUCCUCUGAGGCCACCUGGAGCUCACUUGCAGUGAACAUGAUGUAGAUCUUCUUGAACACAGUUUUCGCGUCGAAUCGCCCGAAAUCUUUCUCAGCUCUCCCUUCUUCCUGCACAUUCAGUAAAGUAAAACAGGCAUUUCAUCGAACAGUUGUUGGGCCAGUUUAUUUUCGCCGUUGGAAAAGUAGUCGGAUAUCAUAGUGUUGUAGGUGACCUCACUUUUGCGAGGCAUGGAGUUGAAUAAACACAAUGCGGCGUCGCAUUGGCCAUUGCGCAUGUGGUUUCUGAUAGCUACUGUGCAUUUCACUACGUCGGAGUCUGUAAAUUUGAACGCAAUAUGUGCAUUUAAAUUAUUCAUAAAUUAUUAUAUUACUGUAAUUUUUAUUAAUAUCACCGGUUUAUUAUACUGAGAAUGGAACAUCUUCAGC